CUCGUCAUUGUGGACGAGGAGAAGUGGAGACUCUAAAGCUGGACACUCAGAGAUUUGUGUGAUUUCUGUACAAUAUCACCCCUCAGACACUGUAAACGAUGUAGUUUAGGCGAACAGUCUGUCAGUACGUGCUGUGUCCGGUAGUCUAAACCAGUGAGGCUCGGUAGGAUCUGCUAGAAGCACGGUUUAACGGUUUUAUGAGGUGCGGCGAAAAAGAAAGAAAGAGCACAGCAACUGAAUUUCUGUCCCUUUUUUGUCUGUUUUCUCUGACGGGGCGAACUGCUGGACAAACCCAGAGUAAAUAAACCGCUGAACUUCCCUGACUAGCUAACGUUAGAUGCUUUUUGAAAACGAAAAAGAAGAGCUUAUAACCUCCAAAUGAAACAAAUGGUUUCUUUAUCACAAUAAAUAAUGGGUUUACCCUGACAUUUAGUUUUUAUUAACGGUUAGAUUUUGUCAAGCACUUCGUCCUCAGACUCAGGAGAUUAGUAUUUUUUGUGCAGGCUUGUUGGUCGAUGGCGUUUUUAGUCAAGAAAAAGAAGUUCAAAUUUCAGACGCACUUUACACUGGAGGAACUGACAGCUGUGCCUUUUGUGAAUGGAGUGCUCUUCUGCAAGAUCAGAUUGCUGGAUGGAGGAGACUUUGCCACAUCAUCCUCCAGAGAGGAGGUUCGGGAGAACUCUGUCCGUUGGAAGAAGAGGUUCUCCUUUGUGUGUAAAAUGAGUGCCAACCCCAACACUGGUGUGUUGGACCCCUGCAUUUGCAGAGUCUCUGUGAGAAAGGAACUCAAAGGAGGAAAAGCAUAUUCAAAGCUGGGCUUUGCUGAUCUGAACAUGGCGGAGUUUGCUGGCUCAGGCUCCACUGUGCGCUGCUGUCUGCUCGAAGGCUACAACACUAAGAACACCCGACAGGACAACUCCAUCUUAAAGGUGACCAUUGGGAUGACCCUUUUAUCUGCAGACCCAUGUUUUAAAACUCCUCCUAGUACUGCCAAGUCUAUCUCCGUGCCAGGCCGAGAGCCCUCUCUACAGCUGGACCGUAAAGGAGAGGGCACGGCUGUGGGGCCAGUGCCUCGGCUGACCAAACCCAGACCCUCUAUCCUCAGCUCAGGUCUGCCUGAGGAGGGUGAUCUGAGUCGCUCCAGCACAGAUGAGACCUUCCACACCGGUCACUCCCGUAACUCCAGCUACGCUAGCCAACAAAGCAAGCUGUCAGGCUACAGCACGGAGCACUCAUGCUCAUCCAGCCUUUCGGAUCUGACCCACCGCAGGAACACAUCCACAGGCAGCAGUGUGAGUGCCGACCCCCCCUCAGAAAGUGACAGUCGCCAUGAGAGACCCCAGCGCCCCCCUCGGCCUGUACUGCCCUCUAACAGACCCCUGAGGAGGAAGCAGGAUUCUGUGGAGAAUCACCCCACCUGGGUUAAUGACACCCGUAUUGAUGCAGACGACAUCGUAGAGAAGAUAGUUCAGAGUCAGGACUUUGCUGACAACAGUAACAAUGAAGACAGCAACCUGAGACUGUUUGUCAGUAGAGAUGGGACUACUGCCUUAAGUGGAAUUCAGCUGGGAAACCGGGUCACUGCUGGAGUGUAUGAACCCGUGGUGAUUGAAAGCCAUUAAAAGAGGCCAUUCUUCGUCACUACUGCGGAGGAUUUGGACGCCUCACUCAUUUUUUUGGUUGUUUGUCUACACCAUUGGAGGAUAUGUGCCUUUACGAGACCUUUACAGAGCCCAGACACACCCAACCACUGCUUUAGUUUGUAUGCCACCUACUUGGUUAAGGUCUCCACCUCCAUUUUCGAAGGAAUAUUUUGAUUAGGGCUGUGAAAUCGACCCUGUCACUGUACUGUUUAAACCAAAUUGUGCUUUAAACACAUGAACCACUAUCGCCAAUGACGUUCACUGCCUGUGGCGCUGUCAUUUUGUGUAUGUGUAUGUGUGUCUUGUUUUUGUACUGUAUGUGGUUGCAGGGUCUGUAAUUGUGGUACACUCAUAAAAAUAAAAGGUGCCAAAAAGGGUUCCUUGGAGCAAUGCCAUGGCAGAACCACUUUUGGUUCCCUUAAGUUCAAUUGUGUGGUUUCAAAUGGUUUCUAAAGAACCCACCCAUUGAAAGUUUCUGUAGGGUAUCAAAAGUGGUUCUUCUGUGUUCUGUGUCGCUCCAAAGAACAUUUUAGCACCUUUAUUUAUAAGAGUGUAGGGUUUCUGAGUAUGUUCCUUGUUGUAAAUGUCCAGCAGUGUAUUUUGAAAUUGUAUUGUAAACAUUUGUUUUUUUUUUCCCCGAGUCGCCAUAGGGUAACAUCCCCUCCACUCAGUAAAUCCCCCCGACACCAAUGGUAAAUAACCCGGUCCUGGAGGGUCAGAAUCUAGCACAGUUUGGUGAUUUCCCUGUUUAGAUUUACCAACUAAAUCUGGCCUAAAACAGGGAAAUUACAAAACUGUGCUGCACCCAGGACCAGAAGUGAUGACCAUGCUGUACACUAUUUGCCAAUGCCUGCCUGGUCAACACUAAAUAAUAAUGAAUAAGUAUGUUUUGUACAGUAUUCCUGGAGUACCAGCUGGCCUGAGUACUGUGAGAGGAUUAAUAUCAAGAAUCAGUAAAGGUUCUGUCUGAUCUCAGAUCAGCACCCAUGCAUCUUCUGUUGUGGGUUCUAGAUUUGCAUAUAUAGAGAAACACCAGUGUUAUGUCUUGACAUCAGCGAUGUCUGGGUAUGCCAUAGUAUCUAUAGCACAUCAGCUGUUUUUGGUCAUCAUUUUAACUAAAGUGUGCCAUACUCAUUUUAUCUCCCAAAUUGUCAGGGUCUUGUUGUGUAACACUACUCUCUCUCCCCACAUAAACCGCACUUUAGAUCCAACUUAUUCUCCACAAAGGUCUUGCAUUUUCAAUACAAAAUAGGUUUAAAAAAACACUGCAGUAUUUCUUCAAAGUUACUUUAAACAUUGAAGUCAGUGGCUGGUCUAGUCUGACUGUUGUUACAGCACUAUUAUUUGAAAGUAUUCAAAUUUUACUUUUAAUUUCUACAGAGGAGUAUAAUUUACUCAGAUCGACACGUGGUGCAGCACUUUGGAUAAAAAAUCCUAGUGUUUUAUGUGAAAUUGCAUAAUUUUAACAUCUGACUUUUUAAGACUUAAAUUUAUUUUUCUUUCUUUUAUCCUUUUAAACCAGCUGGCUGGUCAGUUUCCCUAUAAAACAGACACUAAAAAGACAUUUUUGCGUUCGACCUCAAUUUUAACAAUAGUUUGUCAAAUUUAUGUAGGCGAUUUAAGGUCUAGUGCAUUUGCUCAAGAAGUUUGUUUUUUGAUACUGUGACUUGCUUCUCUUAGUGUAUGGUGCUUUUGGUACGGAUUGAGUGCUUGUGGAGUCUUGACCGCUUUGUUCAUACUACGGUUUCUUUUUAGGCAUGCAUCUUCCAUAUAAUUCAGUCACUCAGUCACAAUUACUGAUCUUAUUUUGUCCAUCUUGUCAUCAGUUAAAGGGGAAUUAUAAAAGUUCUUCUUAAUUUAAUCAUUAAGAUGUAAGCAGUCUUUCAGAGCAGAUUGAAAUAGUGCAUCAUGAAGAAUCUUUAUAGUGGCGAUGAUAGGAACCAGGGGUCACCAUGUCUACAACUCAAAUAUAGCCAUUUCAUUUGGGAUCCAUGUGUCUUCUGAGUAUGUAUGUGUAAUGUUGAUAAUGAUAAAAUAGUUGAAAAUCUGAAGAAAUUAGUUUUAUUUUGCCUUACAGUGUCCUGCAUGUAAUCAGCCAUCGGGCAGUGUAUUGAUAACAAUUUCAUGUAAUAACUCCGUUUUAGACUCUUUAGAUAUCAGGUUCCUAUCACCACUGUAAAUCUAAAUUUAGAAUUUUCUUUAGAAUGGCACAUUGCUCAUUAAACCACUCUGAAUGACUUUGUUUACAUCUUAACCAUUGAAUUAUUGAGAAAUGUUGGAGUUCCGCAUUUAAAAUGCAUGGAUGAUGCAUGUCUUUCGCAGUAGCCACUUUCUAUCUUAGAAAACUUUUUUUCUAGACGUUAAGCCUAGUACUAGAGCUCCAUUUACAGCAUUAUUUAGUCCUACACAAGGCUUAGUGUUUCUGGUAAACUCCUUAACCGUGAUUGGUUAUUCUCUGAACUCUUCAGGUGUAAUGACAUUCGUUUAUGUGGCACCAUGCACUGAGCUCUUUAGACUUUGCUUUAAUUUAACUCCUUAAAGGGUUUAGAGCCAUGCACAAGCCAUGCCUCAAACACAUAAGCUAACAUUUUCUCAAGCUGUGCUAAUGAUAGAUGCAUAACUUAAAGAAAAGAUUUCUACGGUUUUAAUGGAAUUCACUUGUAUUUCUGUAUAGCUAUUUUUGUGAAUCUCUCAAAUAUUUUUAAUCAAUAAAGUGAAAUCAAUUUCAAA